AUGUUUGAACGAUAUCUGUCCGCGCUGCAAUACACUGGCAACCAGCCAGUUAAUGUUGAUGAUCUGAAGGAAUUCCGCACGCUGGUCUCAUGGUUGGAGGAUCAGAAAAUACGCCAUUACACGAUCGAAAGUCGCGAAAACCUGAAGCAGAUCGGUUCGGUCGAUAUUUGGGAGCCGGCGUACGAAAAGUACAAGACGGACGUUGGGCUCCCGUACGAGCUGGUAACGCGGCAAGAGCAACUAACCUGGCUGCUUUUGCAUGCCGUCCGGUUGGAGUAUUCGGACAACGUGGAUACCUACCGGCCGUUGAGCGGUGCCCGGAAGGCAGAAGAGCAGAAAAAAUCAAACGCACCGGAAGUGAAAUCGGCCAACCCGUUCGAUAGUCUCGAUUUCACCAACGCUCAGUUCGAGGAGGGCGCACGCAAACUGGCCGAUCGACUGGGUAUUGCCUAUCACCCGGAUCAUCUCGUGUCGUUGCGUGCCGCUGGACGCGUCAUUCACGAUUGUCUAAACAAGGAAACGCUGAAGGAACCGCUGAUCUCCGGACAACCCUUUGCAUUUGGGACCGACAAUAGUACCACCGCAGGAAACCAGGGCGUGGAACGGGAUAUUGAAAAGGCGGCCCACAUAUUGCGAUUGCUGCAGAUACAGAACAUGCGCUCGAUGCAGACUACGAUAAACGAAACGAUCGUCACAGUGCAGAACGUUACCGCCGAUCCGAAAACGGACUCGGCACUGGGGAAGGUGGGUGUGUAAGGAAGC